ACUCGUCAGUGGUGGCAGUUGUGUGGCGACACCCUGGAACUAGGUCAACAGCUAAGGUCAACAGCUGAGGUCAACAGCUGAGGUCAACAGCUGAGGUCAACAGCUGAGGUCAGUCAACACAGCUGAGACUGAUCAACAGCCCAGAAGCUGUGAAGCCAGGACAGCUAGGACAGCUAGGACAGCCUGUGGUUUAAACCAAUCCUAGAACCUAUGGCGCCAGAACCUGAUCACGUGACCCUCUGAGACUGGCGCCUGACAGAUGAUGACGGAGGAGACAUUCAUCUUAACAUGGAUUUCUACCACAUAAGGUCCCUACAAUGAGAUGCUGCAGGGGUUUCCUUGAUGUCGUCACGCGCAGGAAGUCGUGGGACGUGCGCAGUUUGUACCAGACUGAGCUCACACGCAGUCUCAAUGUGGUGGAGCUAAUCGGCAUCGGUAUCGGGAGCUGCGCCGGUCUGGGCGUGUUCGUGACGUCAUCCCAUGUGGCCAGGAGAGAGGCGGGGCCGGCUGUUGUCCUGUCUGUGCUGGUUGCCAGUUUGGCUGCUCUCCUCUCAGGUCUGUGCCACACGGAACUCGCCACCAGACUGCCUCGUUCUGGCACCGGCUACAUCUUCUGCUACGUGACCUUGGGCGAGCUGCUGGCCUUCGUGAUUGGCUGGAGCGUCAUGCUGGAGCACGUGCUGGGCGGGGCCAUAGCGGCCAAGGCCAUGUGGCACUAUGUGGAGUAUAUGUACAACUACACAGCACAGGGGAACUCGAGCCAAGGUAUCGUAUCGAGCCAAGGUAUCGUAUCGAGCCAAGACAACGUAUUCGAAUCCACGCCAGAUUUCUUUCCCUGCUGUAUCGUCAUCGCCGCCAUCUUCCUCAGCUUCAUCACGGUCAAGAGAUACGCCAUCGUCAACUUUGUCCUGAUGGCCCUGAGUGGCCUGGUUGUAGUGGCCUUCAUCUGUGUCGGCUUCUUCCACGUCGAGGCCAACAACUGGAACUCCGAGCCCGGCUUUUUCACCUUCGGCUUUAGGGGUAUCAUGUCGGGCGCCGCCCUACUCAUGUCGUCAUUCACGAGUGUCGACAACCUGGCGUCCUGUGCCGAAGAGAGCCGCUCCCCCUGCAAGUCCCUCCCCACCGCCUUCGGCUUCAGCCUCGCUGUCGUCUUCACCAUCCUCUUCCUCGUGACGUCAGCGCUGACUCUUGCCUCCCCCUGGCAAAAUCUCAGUGACUCCGCGUCACUGGCGAGAGCCUACGAGACCAAAGGGAUAUUUGCCGCCAACUAUGUGGUGGGGGCGGGCGCCGUCAUCGGGCUACUUCCGGUGGUCAUCGGGUCCUUUGUCCACCCAACCAGGGUCAUGUACUCCAUGUCUGCCGACAAGCUGCUGCCCAAGCUCCUGUCUAAAAUAGCUUACAAUGGCGUCCCCGUGUGCCCCCACUUCCUGACGGGCGGCGCCCUAGCGUUGUGCGCCCUGUUCCUUGACUUGAACAAGCUGAUCGAGAUGUCCUCCAUCGCCACCAUCAUCCAGUUCGCCGCCAGCGCCAUCAUCAUCCUCUUCAUCCGCUACCAGCCACUUCCGGUCGGAAUUUGCAGAGAGUACUCUGACCUUGACCUGACUUCGGCCUGCGAUGACGGGCUAGAGGUGAAGGACACGUACGAGUUCAGCGAGGGCACGCCCAAGCUCGUGCUGAUGGCCAACGGCGACUGCUGCAAGCUGGCCCAGGACGAUGACGUCUUCUACAGCCCCGGGCCGGAAGUGGACGGGCCACUCGGGGAAAAAGUGGCCAGCUUCACCAAGUCUCAGAGCUCACCGUACCCAGCAUUCAGUGACCCUUCCACUUUGACCUUCACCCCUAUGCCCCAGGUGACUUUUGUCAACAGGUUCAAGAAGCAAAGCCCUAACCCCGCCAAAGAGAUCUUCACAGAGAAAGACAGUUUAAGGACAGGGGUGCCGGGCGGGGGAGGCGUGAGAGGGGGGAGCUACGGGGGAGGAGGGGUGCUGGAGGGCGUGAAGGUCACGGAUCACAUGAAGGUCACGGAUCACAUGAAGGUCACGGACCACGUGAAAGCCGUGAGCACCGUGCUGACUCUAAACGGAACAAUCCGGUCAUUGACCUCGAGCGUGAGCAGCAGCCUAGUGGUCAGCGGUCAGCAGCAGGCGGACGAGCACACAUGGCGGCACGCGCGCUACCUGCUGCUCACCUACAUCCUGGCCAGCGCCUGUCUAGCGGCCACCUGCAGGGCGUGGCCCGCCGAGUCGUCGUGGUGGGCUGUGGCCCUGCUGUGUGUCUGCCUGAUCCUGCUGGUGGCCGCGGGGCUGUGCAUGGCCCGCCAGCCCCAGAACGCCACGCCCCUGUACUUCAAGGCGCCCUACGUGCCCGUCGUGCCUCUGCUAGCCGUCACGUGCAACAUGCUCAUGUUGGCUUAUCUCCCUGCCAGCAGCUGGGUGAGGUUCUCUCUCUGGAUCAUCCCAGGUUUGCUGGUCUACGCCUGCUACAGCCAGAGACACAGCAUCCACAGACAGCAGGACCAGCAGGACGUUGUCCUGUUUGAUAUCAGCCAACUCCAGCAUGGCGACAACUGACCAGCAGGACAUUGUCCUGUUUGACAUCAGACAAUGCCAUCCUGGCAACAGCUGACCGCUACACCUAAUUGGCCAGGUACUCAUCAAUCAAGCUCCUGGCCUACAGCGGGCAAACGGGAGACAACUCAACUCUUUCCAUGCGGGACAACCAGAAAUAGAAGGGGAGAUAACCCGCUAAAUGACAACAAGGGACAGAACUUCAUCUGCUUGAUUUGUUUUAUUUCAUUCGUUAAAGGCGCAUUUUAUGUUACACAACAUCGCCUGUUCAGUAGUAACACACAGACACAGUGGUAACACACACACACA